GCAGCUGCAUACUGAGGCGGUCAGUAAUCAGGUCAUCGUCUCUCCACCAUGGCCCUGUGGACACGCCUGCUGCCCCUGCUGGCCCUGCUGGCCCUCCUGGGGCCUGAUCCUGCCCAGGCCUUUGUCAACCAGCACCUCUGUGGCUCUCACCUGGUGGAGGCACUCUACCUGGUGUGCGGGGAGCGCGGCUUCUUCUACACACCCAAGUCCCGCCGGGAGGUGGAAGAGCAGCAGGGAGGACAAGUGGAGCUGGGCGGGGGUCCUGGGGCAGGCCUCCCACAACCCUUGGCUCUGGAGAUGGCCCUGCAGAAGCGCGGCAUCGUGGAGCAGUGCUGCACCAGCAUCUGCUCCCUCUACCAGCUGGAGAACUACUGCAACUAGGGCCGCCGCCCGCCCGCCCGCUGCCCACCUGCACCGUCCAAUAAACCUGCAACGAGC